AUGGUCCGAGUCAGCCUCCUCGCCUGGGGAGUCCUCCUCGCCAGCCCUAUCCUCGCCCAGGAACAAGGUGGCAGCGAGCACCCGGAACUCGACAAAUACUGCCAAGAGCAGUACCCCGGGAAGCACGCGUGGUGCAAACGCGAGUACCAGGGCCGGUGCAUGAAAUGCGGCACCUGCGAGGGCAAAGGCGAGAAAUACUUUGACCCCGUCCUGCAGGAGGAAAUCUGCUGCUGGAACGCGGGCGAAAAAUGGAACUGGAAUGAAGAAGCCAAGAUUGGGAGCUGCUGUGCUUCUGAUGCCGCUUUCUUGGUGGACCCCAAAGCCAAAAAGGGCGACUGCUGUCCGCCGGAAGGCCACAAAUACUUCUACGACGAGAAGUCCGGGAGGGGCAGCUGCUGUCCUGCCGCCUCGGUGGGCUUCGAUGGUGAUACAUGCCAGGAUCCCUCUCCACCACCCGGAAAGCCUGAUGACUCUUCUCCGCCUUGCGGUGGAGGUGGAGGAGGGGGUGGAGGUGGAGGUGGAGGUGGAGGAAGUAGUUGUGGAGGGGGCGGAGGCGGAGGCGGCGGCGGCGGAGGGGGUGGUCAAGGAGGUAACGGCAGCAAUGGCAACAACAGCCAGUGUCCUCCCGGCUGUACGCCGUGCCCUGGCUGUGGUCAAGGCCAGGGCGGAGGUCCAGGAAACGGUCAACCCAAGCCAGGAGGACCUGGAAAGACUCCGUCAAAGCCCGUGAACACCAACUGUGCCGAGAGGAUCUGCCCUGAUGUCAACGGGGACACACUGGGCCUGGAGUAUGGCUCCUGCUACCGUCUCAAGAAUCCGAAAGGGGAGGCCUUGUCACGGCGACACACGGGCAACGAUUAUGUUUGGGGUGGCUACUACGGAGAUCUGUAUCAGUUCCGCAUCUGCAAGUCCACGGCGGACUGUUCGAAAGGUGGCGAGCUCGGCAUCAAUGACAAUUUUGUCAUCAAUGACCAGCUCGGCACGACGACCGACACGUCUGGGAAACUCUUUUGGAUGGUCUCGGGCGCUUUGUGGCAUUUUGCUGCAUCAGAUAACGCGGCCAGCGCCGUUCGAUUCUCUGCUCGGCCGUGGUGUGGCGACACCUGUGGUAUUUGCUUGCGAGGCGACGUCAAGGGCUUGGGACCGAUCUGUCCAGCCGCCAACCCGGGCAUUGGCUUCAAGGCCAAUCCUCGCUACUGCCAGCCGCUGAUCGUGGAGAAGGUGCCAUGUAUCAAUGAGGACGGCACGCUUGAGAGACCCAACAAGGGAGACAGUGCUAAAGCUCCUGCUGAUGCUGGGGCGAAGGAGGCUGGCCAUCAGGAGCUGUGA